CUUAAAAACUAAGAAAAACGGUGAAAACUAUUGCUUUUCCAAAGAUAUUUGAUUUUUGACUGCCCUUGUUUUAAUACUCUGGAGGCCAUGUGCAUAUCCUGUUCAGUGGUUAUCCAUCAAGUCCAUCUGCAAUGGCGACCCAACCUAAAGUACCCCGACCCAGUAAUGAUACUGGUGCUGAUGGAGAACUAAGUUCGACCAAUACUCUCAUCGAUGAAAUUGAGGAAGUUCAAAAUGCCAUUGACAAUCUCAAUGAGCAAGCCAGUGAAGAGAUCCUAAAAGUUGAACAAAAGUUCAAUAAGAUGAGACAACCUCACUUUGAGAAACGGUGUGAGCUGAUUUCCAAGAUCCCCAACUUCUGGCUCACCACAUUUAUUAAUCACCCCCAGUUGUCAGACUUGCUUACGAGCAAUGACGAGAGCGUAUUAAAGCAUUUGAAAAAGGUGGAAGUUCAGGAGUUCGAGGACAUCAAGUCCGGUUUUCGAAUUAACUUUCACUUUGAGAAGAAUGAAUGGUUCAAGAACAGUGUGUUAACGAAAGAAUUCCACUUAGGAGAUAGCGGCGAACCAUCUUCGACAUACACCAAGAUAGACUGGUAUCCGGGCAAAGAUCUGACAAGCAAUUCAUCCAAUUCAAAAAAGAAUGGUGGUGAUCAAGCUAAGAAACGGACAUUCGAGGACCAGACACAAGAUAGUUUCUUCUGCUGGUUCACAGAUGAAUCCUCAGUAUUUGGUGACGAGCUGGGUGAAGUGAUAAAGGAUGACAUCUGGCCAAAUCCGCUUCAAUAUUACCUCUCACCAGAUUUAGACGAAGAAAAUGAAAACGAUGAAGAGGAUGAAGAUGACGAUGAUGAUCAGGAUCUCGACGAGGAUGAAACUGGUGUAGCGGAUGUUUAAAGAUCAUUGCAAUAUAUCAUUUCCAUUUAAACUUCAAUCUUUGUUUCCCAAACGUGUAUGUCUUCGCAUCUGCAUGGAACAAUAUUGAGACAUUUGAUUUGUUGUACAAUGGCAAAAUCAGACUGUUUCCACACUUGUACAUCGCGCCCCGGUUUUAUGUUCCACUAUUGAAUACGCCUUUGUGUCAUUUUGCAUUUAAUUGUAGCUAUCGUCAUACCGAGGCAUAUUCAUGUGUCAUGUGUUGGCUUUAACUUGACUGUUUUUAUCCAGGGAUCAGCGUUUUUGCCGUUGUUUCUGUUCCAGCCGCUAUGCGUCUUAAGAUUUUUGUAUCAACACUUUUCGAGACGUGAGGUCAUAUCUUAAACUUUGUUUCUAAUAAACGGUUAUGAAGGAUAGUUCUUAUUCUAAAUGACGCACCGUUAGUAUUUCCGCGUCUCCACAUGGUGUAUAGAGUAUCGUGUUGAUUAGCCUAGCAAGUUAUUUUGGGGUGCUCACGACAUAAGUUUGGGUAGUUAAACGCUAAGACACGUUUAGAGACAGGCUGGUAUAUUGCGCUCCAUGCUUUCUCUCGGUCUGAGGUUUCGAUUAUUCAGUCCUAGAGAGUUUGCCCUGUUGAGUCUCGCAUGGCUUGUCGGGUCAUGGUUCUGGUGAGAUUAGGCGACGCUUCCGCGUCGUGCGGUGCAUUGGUCUGGUAAGGUUUGUAUUUGUAAGUCGCAUGGCUGUGGUUGAUAGCAGUCGCUCGACUCUAGUGUUAGCGAAGCCCGGGGUACCUGUCAAUUUGUGUCUCAGGCAUUGUGGUUGGUUUGUGUUCAAGGUUGGUGAGUUUCUAAGCUUAAAAACCAACCAAGCUGCCGAACGACCCCGAGGAUUGCUCACGGUCUUUGUCGCAGUGGGAUUAGACGAUGGCGUGCUACCACUUUCUGGGUUCAUGAUGUGUUGAUGGCGGUUGGCCUGAGCUGCCAUCGUCAAGUUUGUUGAAUUUGUGCAGUAUAUUUAUAUUUCAAAAGCAAGAGUUAUCUCUGUUGGCGUUAACACUGGUGCUUCGCUAGCGAAUAAGUACUCGCGUUUUUUAUGUUCGGCAGGGUUUUGACUAGAGUUAUCAGUCCUUAUGUUUAUUGCCUUGUGCUUUCCUAGUUGCUGAUGUGUUCGCUCGCGUCGGUGGGUGAAAUUAAAUGUAAAUUGACCUACUCCAUGGCUAGACGUUGAGGUAACGGAUCAUUCGCCGUCAAGCAUAUAUUCAAAUUUCAGCUUUUAAGUAUUGUAUUGGGUUUCACCUGGGUUAGUUCACUUAAGUUUGUAGAUCUGGUCACUUUACGAAGGACUGACCCGACGGGUACGUAUGGAAUGCUCCCCAGUCCUUCAAUUCAACCUUUAUUAAACCACUUGACCUGUGUGACCGCAAUUAUAACAGUUGCUAGAAUUACGGCCUCACCGGUGGUUCGAUUUUGCUCGUACUGCGCCGCCUAGCCCCAGUGGGCAGCGUGUUGGUGUAUCAUAUGGUUGUCAUAAGUAGGUCCAUAUGCCAUUCCUAUAGGAUCGGAAGGUUGACCCCUCUUCACCGUCCAGUAGCUGUUGAUCAUAAGUAACGUGAACCUGUUGGGCAUAGAUCCAGGGGUCACUGAAAAUCUAGGUCGCAUAUAAUGGAGCACAUCUAGCUACAGGUUUGGUGGCUCACACUAGUCCCAAAUACCACCUAACCCAACUUUUUUACCUGUAAGGGAAAUCGAUAUUCACACCAAAGUUGUAAUUUCUUAUUGAGGUCUUUAUUUCGUUGUACGGAACAAACAUUUGGGGGGGGGAACUAGCCUGUUUUCAUAUCGUCAUAGCUUGCAUGAAUAGGUCAGUGUUGUGUCUAAAAUACUGUACUUCGCACCUUUAGUUCGUUCUUAAGGAGUGUAACGGACUAGUUUGUUGAUGCCGAUUUCGGGAUGUGCUGAGGCAAAACUCAGAAAUACUUCGUAAACUGUGGUUUGACUAUUGUCUCCGUAACUUUCAGAUUUAGAUGAUUGUGUACACUAUACGGAUUAUCGGGUGUUUGCUGCUCUCUGCAAAUGCUGUCGUAUUGUCUGGAACGUUAGCUAUCAGGAGGAUGAUUGGGAUUACGAAUAUUGAUCGGGCAAAUUGUUAGGUUUACGAUUCUUUGCAAUGACAUUGUGAAAACAAUCGAAAUUAGAUAAAUAAACAAAAUGAUGUAGACUGUAGAUCAUAUCUAACUGACUAAUCCCAAUUAUGAUCUCGCUACUAGUCGCAUGUAUUGAGUGCGAAGUCGGACUUAAAUUGUUUUUAUUUAUCUGACAGUUCAACUGUACUGACAUUAAAUUCUAAUGUAGAUAGAGUCCAUUGUAGGGGACGAUAAGUUAGCAGUAUUUCAAGAUAUAAAGUUAUGUAGUACAUAUGUUCUGUCCCAAGAUGUCUAAUUGUUAAUAAAUUAUUUUUGCAUUCUUAAGAAACAUUUAUGUUCCAGGUCGUGCAUAUAGUUGAUGAACGGUAGAUUUUUCUACAAAUAUAUUGUUUGAAAAUACGGGCUGUUUUAUUCAUUCCUAGCAGUUGUAUAAUGACUUGUUAUUUUCAACGUCUAAUACUGCAGUUAACGAUUGUUGCUCACGUUUUUAUUUGAAUAGUCUCGUGAGGUAAGAUACAGUCACUGCAGAAUGACGUAUAUUAUUGUUGGCUUUAAUCAUACUUUUGUUAUAGUCCCAAUUGUGAGUCAGUCAGGAAAAUAUGUCGAGUUUAAUAACAAAAUUUAUACUGGGAUUUAAUCAUCCAUAAGUCUUCCAUGCAUUCAUGAAUUAAAUGUUCUGUUAUGGAUGUAGACGAUUAGUUGAAAAAUGAGCAUGUAUGAGGAUUUGACAGAGAGAAGGAAGAUGUAAAAUGACGAUUCAAUAAGCACAUAGGAUGUGCUCACAAUAACCAAACUAAUCAAAAUCCAGUUCUUUCAUAUCAACAACGGGAGGAUUCAAAAAUAUAGAAUUAUAAUAAAAAUCCAUGUAUUAGUAAAUAACUACUUGUAUUUGUUGAUUUUUGUUGAAAUAUAGUUGUGUUACUUCCACACUACAUACUAUUAAAAUUGAUUGAUCAUUCAAUUGUAGUCUAUUUUAAUAUACUCUUAAUUGUUUUAUUUUAGUUUCUAAUAAUUAGACCAUGAUUAAUCUAUGUUUAUUAAAUUGUCAGAAAUUGUGUCGAAACUUGAACAUUACUCUUAGUUACGUAUUGCCUAAUAAUGAGCUAUUUUUAACUAAAUGUAAGUAGUAAGACGAAAUACUUUUACAAAAAGAGGUAGUCAUUUGGUCACCAUCUAUAAAACGUUAGAAGAGUAAUCAGGAACUUUGUUCCAGCUAGAUGAAAGAGGAUACUUUGGAGUUUUCUUGUGUACCUACGACUGUUUCGAUUAAAGAAAUUGUAGGAAUUAAAUUUAUCGACCGUUCUACCUAUUUAUGUGUAUGGAUUAGGCUGAGUAAAUUCUGUCAGCUAUACGAAAUCACUUAUUGACGGGACAAUUAAUUUGAUCCUAAAGAUUAAAAUAUAUGUUGUAAGGUCGUUAUAAUCCAUGUGAAUGCAAAUAAUAUAUUUCUUAUGUGUAACAGAUAAGCUAAGCUAUGUUAAAGUUCUAGGUGAGUAAAAUGCUAGAUCAGUGAUAUAAGUUGUGGAAUACGCUCUACUGAUAUAAUUUUAAUUAAUCGGAAUUUCAGUUUAUUAUUUAACAAAUAUGUUGGGAUUAUGAUAAAUUUAAUCAAUGGCAGUGUAUGGUGAUCACACAAUAUUAUAGAACGACUGAAACUUGAAAAAAACUAUUGGGUGCCAACUCAGUGGUAUAAAGGUCAAAUGUUUUAUGUAAAACACAAAGGUCUUGCGUCCAACUCCAUGUGGGUUAGUGAAUACUCACUGUCGAGGCACCUCAUACUAGGACGAAACAGUUGUCCAGUACUUCUUGGCUUUCAAUGGUUAUCUUAUUGUAGUCAGCUAGUAAUGUGGAACUCCAGUUUUAACAUUUUCCACGAUAUCCUAUGGUGAAGUAUGUGUGUUUAAUAAGUUGUUCACUACAGAGUUGUCUGGAGACUUCAGAUGGUUGACGAUGUCAGUUCAAAUGACUUGAAAUUGGGAGGAUCAUGGUUAUGUGAUUACUCUUUAUAUCGUUCUUUAAACCUAGAUGCUGCACAUAUUUUACAUCAUUUCAACGUUUUAUAUUUCACUUGUAACCCCCUUCGGCUUUAUUACUUAAAAGUGUAAUGACCAUAGUGUUCGAUAAUC